UCCGGCUCGGCUCGGGGCAGGCGAUGGAGGAGCUGCUGCCGUCGGCCGUCCUGGAGCUCUGCGUCUGGGUCGGCGUCUCCAGGGAGAAGGCGAGAGACGCGCGCCAGCUGGCUCAAAAAAAGGAUGUGAAAAGCAUUCCUCCACUUGAACCAGAAGUUCUUUCCGUUUUUGUACCUCCAUUUAUCAGCAAGCAAGAUUCGCAGGCCCUUCCUUUAAACAGUAAUGCUUUCAAUAAAACAAAACGCCGUUCCUUUCGGAAAAAGAAAGAGAAGUUUAAGAUUGAGAAUGCAAAGGCUCUGAAUGGAGCCCCCAAAGCACCUGUGGAUGAAGAGAUCAGCGUUCCCAAAGAUGUUGACCUCAAUGGAUUGCCCCAGCUUUGCUUUCCAGGAGGAUUUUAUAUCACAUGUGAAUCUAGAGAGGACCACAUCCAUUUUCUCGUUUUCACAGAUGUCUUUGGAAACCGGACAUACGGAGUUGUGGUCCAGUAUUACCAGCCUAUGCAAGAUGGACGCCUCUACAAUGGACAGGUACUUUGGGAAAAUGGACAGGGCUCUAGAGCUGAUUCGUACUUUGUGCCAUUUGCUGUUUGUGUCAUAUCCAGGUAUCCGUAUUUCAAUGCCCUCAAGGACUGUUUGUCUUGCUUACUGGUACGGCUGAAGCCUUACAAAGAUUUAGAAACUGAGGAGCAUAUAAAAGAAUUUGCAGCAAAAUUGUCCUUGAUACCGAGUCCUCCUCCAGGGCCACUUCAACUGCUAUAUAAUAUGAAGCCCCUCCAAGUAGUAUUUCCAUCUCAGGAGGAUCCUGACAGUCCACUUAUUGAUUUGGAUCUGCAUCUGCCCUUUCUUUGCUUCAAGCCGGAACAGAUUUUACAGAUAAUUACUUGCAUUUUAACUGAACGAAAAAUUGUCUUCUUUUGUUCUGACUGGGCGCUGCUGACCCUUGUCUCCGAGUGCUUCAUGUUGUACAUUCAUCCUAUUCAGUGGCAACACACUUUCGUACCUAUCCUGUCUCAUCAGAUGCUUGAUUUUGUCAUGGCGCCCACCUCCUUCCUCAUGGGGUGUCACAUCGACCACUUCGAAGAAGUUUGCAAGGAAGCUGAUGACCUAAUUCUAAUUAACAUUGAUAAUGGCGAUAUUGCUCAAUCCAAGUCCUCUGAAGAGGAGACCGAUAUUCCAGAUGUCCCACUUGAUGCGGCAAGGGUUUUUAUAACACGGUCUGAAAAUCUUCAGCUACACUAUGACCUUCAGCUCUGCCACCUUGGUUCCUCUAUUGACUUCACUGAAAUACAGGGGCGCCGGAGAAAUUGGCAACAGAAAUUGAAUUCUGAAAUUCAACAGAUUGCUCUGCAGUUAAUCGUCAAUAUCUUUAGAGAGGUGAAAGACCAUUUGAACUACGAACACAGAGUAUUUAAUAGUGAAGAAUUCUUGAAAACAAGAGCGAUAGAAGACCAGCCUUUUUACAGAAAGGUAUUAGAAACCUAUAUGUUUCACUCUUUUCUCAAAGCCCGCCUUAACAGAAGGAUGGAUGCUUUUGCUCGCCUAGAACAGAGCACCGAAAAUGACGAAGAUAGAUUCAACUUAAUGAUCGGUAGUCCAAGAAGGCUGACGAUGGAGAAAAUGGUUUCUAAAAGAUUUAAUCCUCAGUAUAUGCUCAGCAGGCGCAUGGGAAUGAGCUUGCCUAAUCUGCAAGAUAUUAAGCCGAGGGAUGGUCCAACGAGGAAUUCAUCCCUUCGAAGUAUAAACACUAUGCAAGAUAAAAGGUUGACUUCUAAACCGAUCAGCACUUUCAAGAUUCCAGAAAUCCACUUUCCACUGAUGAGUCAGGGUGUCCAGUCUUACUACGUUGACUUUAUUAACCAUCUCAGCAGAGCUAUAACAAUUUUGUCACCAGAGAACUCUGGACUUUUAGCGAGGUAUUUCUACCUUCGGGGACUUAUAGGUUUGAUGCAAAGAAAAUUCCUAAAUGCACUUUCGGACUUCCAAAAUCUGUACAAGACCGACAUAAGGAUAUUCCCUACUGACCUUGUGAGAAAAAUGAUAGAAACGCUUCCACCGUCGGACCGCUCCCAGGCAGAUCAGAAACCGGAACUGAAGAGGUUGAUAAGUCAGCUGUUGGAUAAACAAAGGGAAAUAACCAAAGUAGAUGAUCAUGUGAAAAAGUUUGAGUUGCCAAAAACUCACAUGCAGGUGAAUGACUUUGUAAAGCGCAUCCAGGAAUCUGGGAUUGUCAAAGAUACUGACACAAUCCAUCGGUUGUUUGAUGCAUUAACAGUAGGGCAGCAAAAACAAAUUGACCCAGACACGUUCAAAGACUUUUAUACCUACUGGAAGGAAACGGAAGCAGAAGCUCAAGAUGUCAACCUGCCACCAAGAGUAAUAGAACACCUGGACAAAAAUGAAUGUGUUUAUAAGUUGUCAAGCUCCGUAAAAACUAACAGAGGAGUUGGGAAAAUCGCACUGACACCGAAGCGCUUGUUUCUGUUGACCGAAGGAGCUUGUCCUGGCUACGAAGACAUUGCAAGGUUCAGAGAUAUCGAGGAAGUGAAGAAUACCACAGUUACUUUCCUGCUUCUCAGGAUUCCUACCCUGAAGAUAAAAGUCAAGUCCAAAAAGGAUGUUUUUGAAGCAAAUCUUAAAUCCGAGUGCGACCUUUGGUACUUGAUGGUGAAAGAGAUGUGGGCUGGGAAGAAAAUGGCAGAUGAUCACAAGGAUCCACAGUACCUUCAGCAAGCGCUUACCAACAUCCUUCUAAUGGAUGCGGUAGUAGGUGCGCUGCAGUCCUCCAAAAUGAUAUAUGCAGCUUCGAAGCUAUCUUACUUUGACCGGAUGAAGAAUGAAGUGCCCAUGAUGGUCCCCAAAACGACGUCUGAAACACUAAAGCACAAGAUCAAUCCAUCGGCUGGUGAAACUUUCCCACAAGCAGUGGAGGUCUUGCUCUAUACACCAGGACAACUGGAACCCACAGAAAAGCAUGGAGAUGCCCAUCCAAAAUUAUGGUGUGCUUUGAAUGGAGGCAAGGUUGUGGUCUUUGAUGCAUCAACGUGGUCUCUGCAGCACUGUUUUAAAGUGGGGACCUCUAAACUGAAAUGUAUGAUAAUGGCAGAACAAAGUCAAGUUUGGAUCGGCUCUGCAGAUUCCAUCAUCUAUUUGAUCAACACCCACAGCAUGUCUUGCAAUAAGCAACUGAAUGACCAUCGCUUUGAAGUUGUGGACAUAGUUGUGGAGAACAGAGAGAACGUACCCAGCAGCGAGGCGUAUUCGUGCAGCGUGGAUGGAACAGUGAUUGCCUGGAACAUCAGCACUUUGAAAGUGAACCACCGAUUUCAGCUGCCCCAUGAAACGGUCACUUCGAUUCAGUUCCACAAGAAUCGGCUCUGGUGCUGUGUACAAGAUUGCAUUCUUGUAGUCACCACGACUGGGCUUCUUCGCCAAAAGGUGAAACUGGACAACAUGGCAACUGAGUUCCUUAUGCCCUUGCUCUGUUUCCAGCUGUUUCCCCAGAGAGACGAGGUGUGGGCUUCAUGCACUGGGAGCAGCGAGCUCUUUAUCUGGAAUAUGGCGGAUCUGUCCACCCCCUCGCGGAAGAUGAGCCUGCAAGACUGUUCAGAAAUCACCUGCAUGAUAAAAGUGAAAAACCAGAUGUGGGUUGGUGGCCGAGGACUUUCCCAAGGCAAAAUCAAAGGAAAGGUCUACGUGGUGGAUACGGAAAAAAAAUUGGUGGAAAAAGAGUUGGUUGGACACACUGAUGUCGUGACGUCCUUAUGCUCUGCAGAGGAUCGAUAUGUUUUGAGUGGAGCUGGAAAGGAAGAAGGGAAGGUUGCAAUCUGGAAGGUUGAAGAGAGUUUGGGGUUCCAGUUCAUUUAAUGUCAUUUUAAAACCUGAAUAUAGAAGUUAAUGUUGUUUUCCAGUAAGUUUUGUUUAACUUACUGGAUUGCUUUUCAACCACGAAUGGCAUACUAAGAAGAAAGUGUAAUGGGGAAUCGCUGGAUAUUUCUUAAUAUCAGAGUCCACUGAAUCUAUGUUUCAGAAUCGGCGGGGCCCCUGUGUAAUGGUUGCCUAUCCUAAAAUACUCUCAGACUCACAAGCAAAAGCUUAACAAAAUCUGGCUUACUUAAGAAUAGUAUGCAAGUACAAAGCUGAGAAUGGAAAAAGCGUGCCAAAUGCAAACUAAAAACCCUCGGUACAAACGAGAUCCCUCCCCCCGUAGAAUCUUCCCAGGCUCACAAUCCCAGGUGCUCCAAACGGCUCCUGAUGGUGCGGUGGAAAAGUCCUUGAGCCGAGCACAUAACCCAAACACAUUCCAUUGAAAUGAACACAGAUACAGAGCUUGGCACAAGGUCAGCAGCAUGGCAUGUGAAACGUUACGAUGUACAGUGCACAUUGGAACAGUGAACGUGACACCCCGUUUUAGACUGUAUAAUCCGGUUCAGGGUUGCACUUCUGUGCUUGCCGAGAGACAAAACUAUUCGGCUCUUGCACAGAUUAAGUUAUGAGCGUUGCCCUUUGAUUUCACGAGAUUUAAAAUGAGGUAUGUUGCUUGACCGGGCAGAGGCUUGCUCUGCUGUGUCUGAUCCCAAGCUUGGAGCGGCUGCAAGAGGACUCUUCUGCCUUUGAAAACAAGGGGAUUUCCUAAGAGACUUUAUCCUUUUUUUUCCAAUGGUGCUCUAUUUUUCUUAGCAAGAGUGGUUUGGUGAAGGAAAUCAAGGACUGUGAAGGCUGCUAUUGUAAAUGUUCAACAGGUUGAACUCUGCGUUCCUUAGAGAAACAGUUGGUAUUUCAUUUUGUCCAUCACCUUCCAAUUAAAUGGAAAAAGACUCUUUGCAAGAAGGAGGCUUUCAUUUGCUUAAAGGCAAAAUGCGUCUCACCUACAAGGUCUUUCUCUUACAACAUCUUAACUUUGGCUGUUAUUUUCUCCCCCAGUCGGUACUUACGAACAAGCCCCCCCCCCCGCCGUUUUGAAAUCUAAAUCAGUAAUUCCCCCACCCCAGUCCAUUCUCCCCCACUUUUGCUUAAAACACUGAAUGUCUGCAAUAAACUUUAGUUCUUCCCAGCUGUGGAUAGGAGGUUGAAUAAUACUAUAAAAUAUUGUAAAUAUUAAAGAAUUGUGUAAGAUUUUUGAGUGCAUUUAUUAGAAGUUUAGCAGAAAGUGUUAUCAAGUACGCAUUUUAUACAGUCCCAUUGUGAAGGAUGUCAGACUUCUAAUAAAACCAUGCCAUUUGAAAAUA